AUGGACGACGCCGCCGCGGAGGCCGAGCGCUCCCGGACACACGCGCAGGCGCAGCGGCGGCAGCAGCAGCCCCUGCUCCCGGGCCCGCCGGACCACCUGGCGCAGCUCUGCCUCGCGCCGCUCCCGCCGCGGCUCCUGCGCGCCGUCUGCCGCCCCUGGCGCCGCCUGCUCUACUCGCCCUCCUUCCCGCCGUUCCUCUCGUUCUACGCAGUCCUCGAGGACGGCGCCGACGGCGGCGUCUCGUUCGCGGCCUACGACGCCGUCGCGGGCCGCUGGGACGAGCUGCCCGCGCCGCCGAUGCCGUCGCCGCCGCCCGGGCUCUGGCACCCGUCCUUCCUCUCCCGCCGGCUGCCGCUCCAGUCCGUGGCCGCCGCGGGCCGCCUCGUCCUCGUCGCGGGCUCCACGCAGUCGCUCAGCCCUGCGCUGCCCCGCCCCAUCGUCUUCGACCCCUCCGCGCCCACGCCGCGGUGGCAGCUCGGCCCGCGGUUCCCCUUCGCGCCGCGGAGGUGGUGCGCCGCGGGGAGCGCGCGGGGCGGCGUGUUCGUACAAGGGCAAUAA